AUGGUCGCCACGAAGCUCGACGGCAAUGCCAUUGCCAAGGCCAUUCGCGAACGGCUGGGCGCAGAAAUUGCUGAGAAGCAGAAGAAGAACCCCCGCUACCGCCCCAGCUUGAGGAUCAUCCAAGUUGGCGAUCGCUCCGACUCCACUACCUAUGUGCGCAUGAAGCUCAAGGCCGCUGAAGAGGCCCGCAUCGACUGCAAGCUGCUUCACUUCCCCGAAGACAUUGCCGAGAUCGAGCUCCUCGAUCAGAUCCUUCGCCUCAACAACGACGACUCUGUCAACGGUAUCCUCGUCCAGCUGCCUCUUCCUAAGCACAUCUCUGAGCCCAACAUCACCUCCGCCGUCUCCCACGAGAAGGAUGUUGACGGAUUCGGCACCAACAACAUUGGCGAGCUCGCCAAGCGCGGCGGCCAGCCCAUCUUCACUCCGUGCACCCCCAAGGGAGUCAUCACUCUGCUCAAGGAGGCUGGUGUUGAGCUUGCCGGCAAGAAUGCCGUCGUCAUCGGCCGGAGCAACAUUGUCGGUGGCCCCGUUGCUCAACUCCUGAACCGAGCCAAUGCCACCGUCACCAUCUGCCACGCCCAGACCUCCAACCUCCAGUUCCACCUCCAGAACGCAGACAUCGUCGUCGUUGCCAUUGGAUCCCCCAACUUUGUCAAGGGCGAGUGGCUGAAGCCCGGCGCUGUUGUCAUCGAUGUGGGAACCAACUACAUCCCCGACGCGACGCGCAAGUCAGGUCAGCGACUCGUGGGUGACGUCGAGUUCGAUUCCGCCGCCGAGGUCGCCUCCGUCAUUACUCCCGUUCCGGGCGGCGUUGGUCCCAUGACCGUUGCCAUGCUCUUGGAGAACGUCGUCGAGGCUGCAAACAACUUUUUCGAGAAGGAGAAGCUCAGGCAGACUGUUCCUCUCCCUCUGCACCUCAAGUCUCCCGUCCCGUCAGACAUUGCCAUCUCCCGGGCCCAGGCCCCCAAGCAGAUCACCCGUGUUGCCACGGAAAUCGGUAUCGAGGCUCACGAGCUGGAGCCGUACGGAGCCUACAAGGGCAAGGUCGACCUCAGCCUGCUGAAGCGACUUGAGCACCGACGAAAUGGCCGCUACGUCGUCGUUACUGGCAUUACCCCUACUCCUCUUGGUGAGGGCAAGUCCACCACGACCAUGGGCUUGGCUCAGGCAUUGGGUGCUCACGUUGGCCGAGUGUCCUUUGCCAACGUCCGACAGCCCAGCCAGGGACCGACUUUCGGCAUCAAGGGUGGUGCCGCUGGCGGUGGCUACAGCCAGGUCAUCCCCAUGGACGAGUUCAACAUGCACCUCACGGGUGACAUCCACGCCAUUACUGCGGCGAACAACCUGUUGGCUGCCGCGAUCGAGACGCGCAUGUUCCAUGAAAACACCCAGAAGGACGGCCCUCUCUACCGCCGCUUGGUGCCUGCUAAGAACGGCGUGAGGAAGUUCUUGCCCUCGAUGCUGCGCCGCCUCCAGAAGCUUGGAAUCGACAAGACCAACCCCGACGAUCUGACUCCCGAGGAAAUCCGCCGCUUCGUCCGCCUGGACAUUGAUCCGGAGACCAUCACCUGGAGACGUGUGCUGGAUGUCAACGACCGCCACCUCCGAGGCGUCACCGUCGGCACCGCCCCUACCGAGAAGGGUCACUCUCGCGAGACGGGCUUCGACAUCUCGGUUGCCAGUGAGUGCAUGGCCAUCUUGGCUCUCAGCACCGAUCUUGCCGACAUGCGCGAGCGCUUGGGCCGCAUGGUCAUUGGCACCUCUCGCAGCGGAGACCCCGUCACUUGCGAGGACAUUGGUGCCGGCGGUGCCCUUACCGCCCUGAUGAAGGAUGCUAUCAAGCCCAAUCUGAUGCAGACGCUUGAGGGCACCCCCGUCUUUGUCCAUGCCGGCCCCUUUGCCAACAUCAGCAUCGGUCAGAGCUCCAUCCUUGCCGAUAGGCUGGCUCUGAAGCUUGCGGGCACUGAGCCUGAUGAGGACCACAACGAGAAGACGGGCUUUGUCGUCACCGAAGCCGGUUUCGACUUCACCAUGGGCGGCGAGCGCUUCUUCAACAUCAAGUGCCGCACCUCAGGCCUCGUGCCCGACGUUGUCGUUGUUGUCGCCACCAUCCGUGCCCUCAAGGUUCACGGCGGUGGUCCCCCUAUUGCGCCUGGCGCUCCCCUCGACGCCGUCUACAAGCAGGAGAACGUCGAGAUCCUCCGAGCUGGCUGCGUCAACCUCCGGAAGCAGAUCUCCAACGCCAAGUCUUUUGGCAUCCCUGUGGUCGUUGCCAUCAACAAGUUUGCCACCGACACGGAGGCUGAGAUUGCCGUCCUUCGUGAAGAGGCUCUUGCCGCCGGUGCUGAGGACGCCAUCCUUGCUGACCACUGGGCCAAGGGCGGUCUUGGUGCUGUUGACCUGGCCAAGGGUGUCAUUGCUGCCAGCGAGAAGCCCAAGGAGCUCAAGCUGACAUACGACCUGGAGGGUUCGAUCGAGAAGCGUCUCGAGGCCAUUGCCCAGAAGAUGUACGGUGCUGCCGCUGUCGAGUUCAGCGAGCUCGCCCAGAAGAAGAUCGACACGUACACAAAGCAGGGCUACGGCAACCUGCCCAUCUGCGUCGCCAAGACCCAGUACUCGCUGUCGCACGACCCUGAUCUGAAGGGUGCGCCGACUGGCUUCACGGUGCCCAUCCGAGACGUUCGGAUGGCCGCCGGUGCAGGCUACCUGUACGCUCUGGCUGCGGACAUCCAGACCAUUCCCGGUCUCCCCACCGCGCCCGGUUACCUCAACGUCGACGUUGACCUGGAGACUGGCGAGAUUGACGGUCUUUUCUAA